AUGGAAGACGCUCAUUUUGACCAGCCCGUCGACGCGGUGUUCGGCGACCGCGUGCGGCGCUUCCAGGAGUUCCUCGACCAGCUCGGCGGGCUGGGCACCAACUACCGCAACGAGAUCAAGGACAUGCUUGCCAAGGGCCGGUUCCGGCUCUCCGUUUCUGUGGACGAGGUCCGCGAGUUCGACGCGGCGUUCUGGCGCGGCCUCUUGGACUCGCCCGCCGACUUCUUGCCCGCGUGCGAGCGGGCUCUCCGCGACACGGUGUUGGCCAUCUACGACCCCAACGACGAGCGCUUUGCGCCCUUGGACGACGACCAGCAGUUCUACGUGGCGCUCCGCGGUGCGUUCGGCGACCACGCGGUCACGGCGCGCACGAUCACCGCCAACCACCUCUCGCGCAUGGUGUCGCUCGAGGGCAUCGUCACGCGGGCGUCGUUGGUGCGCCCGAAGGUGGUGCGCCUGGUGCACUACGCGGAGAAAACCGCCCGCUUCUACGCCAAGUCGUACCACGACAACACCACGUCGUUCGACGCGGUUGCCACGCCCGCCGUGUACCCGGUCGAGGACCCGGACGGCAACAAGUUGACGCCCGAGUACGGCUUCUCCACGUAUCGGGACCACCAGAAAAUCGCGGUCCAGGAGAUGCCGGAGACGGCGCCUGCGGGCCAGUUGCCGCGCUCCGUGGACAUUGUGUUGGACGACGACUUGGUGGACAUGGCAAAGCCGGGCGACCGCGUGCAGAUCGUCGGCGUGUACCGCGCCAUGGGCGGCGCCUCCAACAACGCGCUGUCCUUCAAGACCGUGGUCUUGGCCAACGCCGUGUACCCUUUGCACGCGCGCUCCAGCGGUGUGGCGGCGCACGAGAAGUUGACCGACAACGACGUGCGCAACAUCAACAAGAUGGCGAAGGAGCGCAGGAUCUUCGACGCCUUGGCCCAGUCGUUGGCCCCGUCCAUCUACGGCUUCGACUACAUCAAGAAGGCCGUGCUCUUGCUCCUCUUUGGCGGCAUCGAGAAGAACUUGGACAACGGCACGCACUUGCGAGGCGACAUCAACAUCUUGAUGGUGGGCGACCCGUCCACGGCCAAGUCGCAGAUGCUCCGCUUCGUGUUGAACACCGCGGCCUUGGCCAUCGCCACCACCGGCCGGGGCUCCUCGGGCGUCGGUUUGACCGCGGCCGUCACCACGGAUAAGGAGACGGGCGAGCGCCGCUUGGAGGCCGGUGCUAUGGUCCUUGCCGACAGGGGCAUUGUGUGCAUCGAUGAGUUCGACAAGAUGUCUGACGUCGACCGGGUGGCCAUCCACGAGGUCAUGGAGCAGCAGACCGUGACCAUCGCCAAGGCCGGCAUCCACACCUCGCUCAACGCCCGCUGUUCCGUCAUCGCCGCGGCGAACCCGGUCUUCGGCCAGUACGACGUGCACAAGGACCCCCACAAGAACAUCGCGCUUCCGGACUCGCUCUUGUCCCGUUUCGAUCUCUUGUUCGUCGUCACCGACGACGUCAACCAGGCCAAGGACAGAACCAUUUCGGAGCACGUCUUGAGAAUGCACCGCUUCGUGGCCCCAGGCUUGGCCGAGGGUGAACCUGUGCGCGAGCUGGGCUCUGUGUCGUUGGCUGCCGGCGUCGAGGAGGUCGACGACGGGGCGGAGCAGCCCGUUUUCGAGAAGUUCAACACGCUUCUCCAUGCCGGCGUCGCCAGCAGGGCCGCCAAGAGUGCAGCCCCCACCAUCGUGUCCAUCCCUUUCUUGAAGAAAUACAUCCAGUAUGCCAAGCAAAGAAUCAAGCCUGUGCUCACGAAGAAGGCAUCGGACUACAUCGUUGCCACCUACUCCGGCUUGAGGAAUGGCGAUCCCUCCGAAAACAACAAGCGUACUGCGCCUGUCACUGCCAGAACAUUGGAGACCUUGAUCCGUUUGGCUACCGCUCACGCCAAGGUCCGCUUGUCCAAGACCGUUGACGUCAAAGAUGCCAAGGUUGCCGAAGACUUGCUUCGCUUUUCCUUGUUCAAGGAGAUUGCCAAGAAGGCCAAGCCCAAGAGAAGAAAAAUCGCUCUUUUUGGAGAAGAACCCGAGGUCGAGGACGACGAGGAGGAAGAGGGGGACGAAGAGGAAAGCGAAAUGGAGCCCGAGCAUGAAGCGCCUGCUGCUGCUGACAGUACGGGGGCCUCCCAGGUAUCCGAACAACAGGCCUCGGAAGUCGCUCAGGACUUGGAGGAAAUGCAUCUUACACGCAAUGCUCCUUUGCAAGAGACGGAUCCAAGCACAAACUUGUUUAGCGCCGAAGCGAGCGAUGGCAUAAGCCCGGUCAGGUACGAGAAGUUUCUCGCCAUUAUGAGCAAGCUUCUCGUCUCGGACUUAUUCGCCAACGAGUCCGGCUCCUGCGCUCCUGAGCUUGUUGUGGCUGCGAUCAACGAGGACUUGCAGCAAGAGGAAGUGUUCAGCCCUGAUGAAAUAAACAGUGCGUUCGCGCAGAUGGAGAACGAAAGCAAGCUCAUGACCGGUGAGGGCAAGGUGUGGAGAAUCUAG